AUGUCUGCAUCCAGCACCACCCUGCAGCUCCUGAAACGCCUCAAGAGCGCCUUCCCCGACCUCGGCAACCGCUCCAAAAAAGGAGAAAACGGCAGAAUCGCAGUCGUUGGAGGAUCGUUUGAAUUCACAGGAGCACCGUUCUAUUCAGCCAUCUCAGCACUGCGAGUAGGCGGAGACCUCUCACACAUCUUCUGCUCGAAGUUCAGCUCCCCGGCCAUCAAGUCCUACUCCCCUGAGAUCAUCGUGCAUCCUGUGUUUGUCUCCGAAGAGGAAGCCAAGUUUCCAGCUAAGGAAGUGGAGUUGAUGACUGAGGAAUGGGCCACGAAGCUGAAGGGCUGGGAGAAGGCGAUACAUAGCUGGAUCAUCGGUCCGGGUCUGGGACGCGAUCGCUACAUGCAGGAGUUCCUGCCUUUACUGAUCAAAAAUCUGCCAGAUAAUGCAGUGGUAAUAUUCGAUGCCGACGGCAUCUACUACCUCUGCCACUAUCCGCACCUCUUCGAUGAGCUUGCCCGCUUCCGUACCAUCCUCACACCUAACUACAGGUAG